AGGUGGGGGCAAGCGCCCCGGCGAGGAGAAACGAAAGUGCAAGAGACGCUUCAGGUGAGCAUAUAAACCGCACGCGCCUCCGACUCCCGUCAUUACCCUCCCUCGACACCAGCGGCACCCAGCAGAGCAACACGACAUGGACAAGAGCCGUGGAGCCACCUCAGCCCUCAGAGCGCCAGCUCUCCUCCUCCUGGUCUUGGUCCUCUGCAGCUAUGCAACAGCAAACACUGACGAAGUCUUGGACUGCUGCCUGUCCACCAAAAACAAGUCGAUCGCACACCAAAGACUGAAGGGUUACAGUAUCCAGACCGAAACAGGUGGCUGCCGGAUACCUGCAACGAUAUUCAUCACUAAAAUGGACUUGAGACUCUGUGCCCCACCAGCUCGCAGUCAGAAAUGGGUUGCAAAGCUCAUCAAGAAACUGGACAGAAAGAGAAAACCAAAGAGGAAAAGGGGAAGGAAGAAUUAAAAGAACACAAAGGUCUUCGAGGUCAGAAAUUUCCAGGUCUUUAGCGUGAUGGACCCAACUUGUACUAAAAUGGAAGGGCUGUGUGCCUGUAGCCUUAUAGGAGAGCAUGGAUUGCCAAAGUACCAAAAAUAAGCCACAUAAGCUAAUAGCCACCGUAAGGGGUUACAUUUCUUGGCUAUGUAACUAUUUCAGCCAAACUAAGAGCUCAAUGGUUGCCAACAUGGUCUGUGAAUCAGUCUUUGUGGUGCGCGGGGAAAAUAAUAUCUGUCAUAUAUAUACUUUUUAUAAUUUUACUUUUGUACAAGUCUGUUAUCAUUAAAACAUAUAGAUUCCGUGCGCACAAAUACUGUGAAAAAUGCUGUGAAUUUUGCUGUGAAUUUUGUAUUAUACAUGUUGAUUUGUAUGUAAUAAAACAUUAAUCUAA